GUAAGGUGUGUCAUUACUGAUUCUGAUAGAGAAUCACUGGAUCAUGGCCAUUGGACAGUCUGGCAGAAAUCCAGGAAGCAGGGAGAUGUGAUAUGAAGUCAGGAGGGGCAGAGAAUCUGAUCAUAGUAAAGAUUAAAACAGGUACUUCUAAAGCUCAUUUUUACACUAUUUAGAGAAGGGCAUUUAGUGAAACUUGGCCGGUGUUCCCUACAGAAGUGUCAGGAAUGCAAGUGUAUUCCUUACACUAUAGUUUUAAAACCACUGUUUAGGUGGUUGACCCCCCUCCCCCUUACCUCAGGUUAGAAAGGAGACUUCCAGAUCUGCAUGGGGCUCCUUGUGUCUGGCCCUGCCCAUAAUCCAUGUGCUUGGCUGACAUUAUCAGAAUUAAUUAUCUCAGCCAAUCACAAUGCUUUAGCAUUGGAUUGGCUGGCUGAGACAGUCUAUUCUGACUUUAGCUAAGGCAGUGGGGGUGGAGCCAAGCACAGCCCUGGCCAAUAAUCUCCUCAUAGAGAUGCAUUGAAUCCAGCAUCUCUGAUGGAACCUCAGCAUCUCCAUGCAAAGGGUGGAGACAAUUCACGUCAGUGCAGCACACUCUAGCCCUAUGUGGUUCCUAUCUAGACCUCUGCCAUUAGCAUAUGGAAUCCCUCAGCUCUGUCUGCUUCUGGUAUUGACAGCUUCCCCAGCGUGCACAGUGCAGGGCUUCAUGCUGCAGUUACAAACUGUAACUUGUUUGAUAUUCUAUAUUAGUGUAACUUAUUUUUCUUCCUCUCCUCACUUCUUGAUCACAGGUAGCUAAUGGCAUGGGGAUAUUUUGCAGAAUCCUGCAUGGAUAACUCUUCAAUGUUUGAUCAGGUUGCAUGGUCUGCAGAGAGACCUUACCAGGGGUACUUUCUGAUCACACUUGUCUCCUCUCCCUUCAUCCCCUACCCUAACACCAGUUGAGUGAUUUCACCUUUUUCUCUAUGACCUAACCUGGCAGCAACUUUUUAUCUAUUUUUCUCUAUUCUACCCGUGUAUGUUUUCAUUCCCAGGCAUUAUGAGUUCAGAUCCACGUUAUGGGGAUGUCUGUCGUAUUCCGACUACAGGAGCCUCUAUGGUCACUGCCCAACAAGACAAGCUGACAUUUGGUGGUGAGUGGUGUGUGUGGGUUUUUUUUCUCUCUCCCAUCCCUUCCCCCACCAUUGAAAUUGGAAACUUGCAUUAAAUGCUCAUAAGACAUUGUGGGGCCAGCUCUUUUAAUCUGGUCUCUCAUUCACUAUAAUAUGUCCUGCUCAGGGAGGUAGGGGAACUUUUCAGUUGUGCAUUUCGUGCUAGAUUUCUCGAUUCUUUCUUUUUCUGUAUGUAGGACGAUGGAAUGUUCAAUUUACUUCUUAAAGGAGCUCUGAUUAGAAAUGGGAGGGUAAUGCUGCAUGAUGUCCACCAUGUAUAGAUAAAAAUAUAAUCUAGUAUAAACUGCAGUUCUGAUGAUUGCAGCCUUUGCAAGCCCCCCUUUACUGGAAGACAUUCGGUCUCGUCACAGUGAAAUAACAAUCACUCUUCAUUGAGAAAUUCUCAUAGAAAACCCCCUUUUUUAAACUGGCUCUAAAAUAGGAUACCUCACCCAUAAAGCAAUUCAGUAAACUGAACCAAAACCCUAGCCCCUUUAACUUGUAGAAACAUGGCUGUAAUUCCCCACUCCUGUCCACGCAGGCCCUGAAACAAGACACCAAUCUUCAAUUUGAUUAUGCCUAGUUGAACUAGAUGACUUAAGAGAACCUAAGAUUCCAAUAUUGCAAUAUUGGUCCCUCAUUUGAAAAACCUGUUUGGAUCAGAGAGACCUCAUACUACAAUGUCAAUAGCCCACGGACUUUGUUUGGGUCUGAGUAAUCUGACGUGAAAAAUUUUCCGUGCAUGUGAUAAAGUUCUGACGGGAAACAUUAACCAUUAAAUGGGAACUAUAGUGCCAGGAAAACCAACUUGAGGGGUUAACCCUAGCAAGUAAUUAUUGCAGUUUAUAAAAACUGCAAUAAUUACAUGCUCGGGGUUAAGGCUGAUGGAAGUUUGCGCCCAGACCACUUCAAUGAGCUGAAGUGGUUUGGGUGUCUACAGUGUCCCUUAUGGUGCACUGAAACUACAUACACCUACCCCUCCCAACCCACCUUCUUUAAAGAAAAAAACUAUUUAAAAUAUCGCACAGAAGGUUUAAAUUAUAUAUUUUUUUUUAUUUUUUUUCUCUAUAUAGGUGUUACAGCAUCUGAGUAUUUGGCUCAUGCAGACUUAGAAACUAUUAACACAUUAAAAACUAAAAUUGACUCUGUGGCUAGCAAAAAAGAAAUGGAUGCAGCUGUCAUUGCCGCAGUAAUAUCACGUGAAACUCGUGGUGGAAGAACUCUGGAGAAUGGAUGGGGUAACAAUGGCACUGCUUGGGGGGUGAUGCAGGUAAGUGGGUUUUUUUUUUUUUUUGUUUGUUGUGUUUUUUUUUUUUUUUUUUUUUUUUUUUUUUUUUUUUUUUUUUUUUUUUUUUUUUUUUAUGAAUUGUCUGGGUCAAACUAAGAGGUUCUAUUUGAACGUAGAUAAUACAAAAAGGUAACCGAUGGAAUAUUCAACAGACUUUGUGUAGCUAAACUAGAGUCCAGAUGUAAUAUUGAAGCAAGAAACUAGAUGUUCCUAGAUUUUCUCUAGGACACAAUUACAAGAGUCAUUGGGUAAAACACUGGAUCCCUCAGUAAAUCUAGACUGUGCUGGAUAGGGAUAUCUGCAACUACUUGACAGCAACGUGAUUAUUUUAGUGAUUAAUCUAACAAAUCCACAGUAUUGCAGCAGAACAUUCUGACACAAAAGUAGAUUUAACUUUAUACUGUGUCUACUGUUUAUAUAAGAAGUCUUGUUUUAUUUCUAGGUUGAUAAAAGAUGGAAUACUCCUCGAGGAGAGUGUGACAGUGAAGAGCAUAUUGCUCAAGCAACAAAUCUCAUAAUUGAAAAGUUUAAUUCCAUGAAGAGGAAAUUUCCAAUGUGGUCUAAAGAUCAAAUUCUAAAAGGUAAAGAUUGCAGACAAACUGUGUGUCUGUCCAAGGGUAGGCAACCCACAAUUUUUUUUUUUUUUUUUUUUUUAUUUUUUUUUUACAAUCUGAUAACAGAAGUUUUCAAUUUUCUUAUUAAUAUGGUCUAGUUUCUCCUAGGGGGUGUCUGGGCACUGAAAGAAGCAAGAGACAGGUUUGAUACAAAAUAAGUAAACUGUCUAAAGUAGCUUUGCUAGUUUGAGGAUAACAAUUCAGUAUUUUGAAUCCACCACUUCUGAUUAUCACAGCAAUGGCUGCUGGGUGAAACACACCAGCUGCAUACUUUGCAUCCCUGAACUAGGGGGGGUCUUCACAUCUGAUCCUGCUAUAUGAUAACUUUUGAUACGUCCAGCUUCCUUGCUUCAGGAGUUCUUACUAGUGGACUUGCAAGUGGGCGUCCUAAGGUCUGCAGAAAUCUGGGCAUCAGGCAAUUUUUAAAAAAUGUUCUCCUUUCCCUGGCAGUCAUUGGGUCUGUGCCGGCUGUCAAAUAUGUGGGGACUAGUUGUUCCUUAAAGGGACACUUUAGGCACUCGGCCCAUUAAAGUGGUCUGGGUGCCAACACAAUCACCCUUAACCAAGAGCAUGUAACUAUUGCAGUUUUUAUUUUUAUUUUAUAAACUGCAAUAAUUACCUUGCAGGGUUAAUGCCUCUAGUGGCUGUCUACCAGACUUUUGGUCAUCUAAACUAACUCACGCUAUGAAUGAGGACCUCCUGCGUUGCCGGAAUCCCCACAGAAAAGUAUUGAAUAAUGCUUUCCUAUAGGAAGAUCCUAAUGCGAGCGUGGUCAUUGCUGCACAUGCGCAUUAGGUCUGUGGCGGGGGAGGAGCACGGGCUGAGCCAGUACUGAGGGACAUCAGAGCUGGACCCAGGUUAGUGACUGGGUUAUUAACACCUUCACCACUGUGUGAGGGGUACUUGACAGAAGGGGAAGCUACAGUGCCAGGAAAUUUUUUUUUUUUUUUUUUUUUAAACUUAGAUUAGCAGAGGGAUCAACCAACAUAUGCACUUUUCCUGCUACCCCAUAUUUAUGCUUGUAUUAAAAGCUGGAUACCAUUGCUGUCUAACUCUUUAUUUUACUCCUAAAACUAGGGCUACAGCACAAAUAUAUAUUAAGGAAUUCAUUUGUUACUAUGUUAACGUUUGAACGGUGAUCCCGUGAACUCUAGUGUGUGUGUGUGUGUGUGUGUGUGUUUAAAUUUUUUUUUAUUUUUUUUUCUUCCUAAUUCCCCCUGGGGAAAAACUAGCCAAUGUAAAUAAAAUAAUUUUAAUUCAAAUCAAUUAUUGAAAAAUAAUCAUUUUUGGAGAGAAACCUUUGCAGCCUUAUAUUACAUGUAUCUCUGGUUUUGAAACUAUAUAUUCAUUUUUUUUUAUUUUUAUUUUUUUUCUCUUGUCACUCAAACUUUUUUUUUUCUUUUUGUCUUCCACACUCAAAUUGGUAGUGGACUCACUCCUAUGUAUAGUAAUCAUACAUUUUGUAUAGAACCCCUGUAGCAGGGAUAGGUAACCUUCUGCACUGCAGAUGUUUUGGACUAUUGUUAAAGGGGAGGGGGACAGGGGGGGGACUUGAAUGUGUAGAUUUGGUUAUGGGUUCCAUUAAUGGAGUUUGUUUUGUGUUUUUUUUUAGGUGCUCUAGCAGCAUACAAUAUGGGUGAUCAAAGCGUCAAGAGCUUUGAAGAAGUGGAUCGACUCACCACAGGACAAGACUAUGCUAAUGAUGUUGUGGCACGUGCACAAUAUUUCAAGAGGAAUGGAUACUAAUGCAUUCCAACUGGUGUCCCAAAAAUUAUCUAGCGCCCCAGAAACUAUUACAAAAAAAUCUUAUAAUAAACUUACACUAAAACAUGGCACCAUUUUAUGAUUUACUGGAAAGAACACAAUCCAUAAAGCCUAUUCCCAUAGUGUUUGAUUUAAUAUUGUUGGGUACACUCUUAAAAUUAUGAAAAACCUAAAUUUGUAUUUUCAUAUUAAAGAGAAAAUAAAAAAAAAAUCAAUGUUAAAUAUGUAUUUGGAAAGUAUCAAACAAUAUUAAGGUAAUGUCAAAAGUUGGCCUGGAAAAAUGAAUGUACUCCCCUUUUCCAUCCUCUCCCCCAUAGGAACAAACUAGCCAGUUUUAGAAAUUGGAAAUAUGCAUAACUUAAGUUUCUAUUUUGCAUUAAUAUUGUGUUCGGAGUGUGGAAUUUCAGGUUUUUUUUUUUUUUAUUUUUAUUUUUUUUAUUUUUUUUUUUUCCUUCCCCAAUCAAUUUAACUUUAGAGAGCUUGUUCUGAGGUGCUGAAUGAACCGGUGUGUACCAGGAAACUCUUGAUAACCAGAAUCUCACCUGCUACAAUUAUAGCAUUUUUCCAGGUCACCUGCUGAAUAGGUAGUAUUUCUUUUGGUCAAAUUUGCAUAAACUGGGAUUAUGCUCUGAUCACUGGCACACUUCUUUGAUUUUGUUAAUGAGCUACAAAAACAAAUGAAAAACUAAUAACUCUAACUUUACUCCCAGCCACUAUAUUUGCCUGAACUUCUUUGAGUUCAUACCUGCCUCAUUUUUGUUUGGUCUUGUAUUUUUGUUUUAUCCAUGUAUUCAUUGAAUUACCUGUUGAAAUACAAAUGAUCCAAUUGAGGCCAUGUCCAUUUAUUUUUGUGAGGAGUAAAUGGGUGUGUGGGGUUUUUUUGUAAAUUUUUUUUUUUUUUUUUUAAAUUUUAUUUAUGGUGUCUGGGGGAGAGGAAAGGACUAAGCUAGUCCUAAAACAAUUUAAAUUUUUCAGUUACAAACAGAAUUAUUCACUAAAGUUGAAAUGGUUCAUACUGAAUAGGAUGGAAUUCAUCUGUCUGGAUUUUGUGUAUCUCAAUAUAAAUCCAUGCUUGUAUUAAGAGAUAAUCUGAAUGCUUUGACAUCGCUAGCAGCCAAAUAUAAAGAAUUAAAAUCAGUGUGUUUUAAUUAUGUGGUAACUGGCCUGCACUUGCUAGUCCCUGCCACACUAAACAAGCUUUUAGUGGUGGAUUAUUUGUGUUAUCAGAUAUCUCCUUUCUUAUUGGCCUCAAAAAGCCAAAUUAAAAUCCAUAAUUGAUUCCUUUUUAAUUUAAAACCAAAUUAAUAUUUCUUGCCAAAGAAUGAGCUCUGAUGGCAAGAAAAAUCUUAGCUUUUUCACUGCUUUGGACUAUGACCAAUAGCACUCGACACCCAAGUCUCAAACUGAGUCAUUAGGUUACCAUUACACAGGUGUGGGCAGGAGGAGACACUUGCCUCUCUUUCCCCUACCCCCCAACAUGAAAGAUGGUAGAGGAAGAUAAAGUGUGCUUACUGAAUCAAACUAAAACAUGAAACUGGAGUUUAGUUUCAUCCACUAAACCCAAUCGUAGUCUUGAAAUAUUGCCCAUAAUACAAGCAGUCAAGAAAUGCCUUCUUUGAAGACCAUAGAAAGGGGAUUAUUUUUCCUUUGAUAUUGGCCAAAUAUUGAAAAGUUUCUUAUUCAGAAAUAUCACUAUUUGAACAGUUUGUAAGGAAAAGCAGGUAAUGUACAGAUGUUUAGAUAGGAUUGAUAAUUGGAAUAGGCUACUAGAUGAGUUAAACUUCAAGUUAUGCUAUACAUUGAGUAACAGGGUGGUAUCAAUAAGAGUAGGUAAACAUGCAUAGAAGUGAUGCUGCAUUUCAAGAGAGACAUACUAAGAAAAAUCACUACCACACCACUUGCAGACAUGCUAUGGUGCUUCACAAAAUUAAACUAUAGGUAAGCUCACUGGUUUAAAACUUCACUGAUUGAGGUGUAAUGGAAAGGUAAACCCAAAUCAAAUUACAGAAACAUGGGCUUAUGAAUGCAAGAUAAUCUGCGAUUAGCCCCAGUAGAUGAUUGUGGAGUCGGCCAAUGCCCUGGUUUGGGAACCAGCAGAGGCAGCUGAGAGGUGCUGCGAGGCUUGGUCUCACUCCAGCCGCAGGCCAUUUUGAGGGCCAGCAUCAUGGAACCACGGGCUCAGAUACUUUGAUCUGAGUCAAAGUUCUUCCCUUUUAGGGAUUGGGGGAAGCUCCUGAUAUGUAGCCACCUGCAGUGUGGGUUCUUCGGUUUCAGUGGUUGAUGCAAUGGGGGUACAUUCCAUGAGGCUCUCAGCCUAGGUAGGCCACAGUUGCAUUUUUGGAGGUAGUGCCUGGAGUGGAGCCUCCAUGCCCUUCUCCCUGCUGGCUUUCAGGCUCAAACCAGCUUUGCCACAAGACGAGCUUCUAACUUUGCCCAGAAACAGUACAAGAUCCAACUGCUGCAUCAAGUGCUCAAUCGUGCCUUGCCGGUUCAGUUACUGAAUAUUAAACUAAACAUACUCAUUCACAACCAUAUGCAUAAGGAGCUUACACUGUCCUAUGCAUAGAGAACCUUAAGGACUGUUCGAAGUAGGACAUACAUAGGUUAUGUGUAAUAAGUAUAAUACUUUAUCAUUUGUAUAUGAAAAGACAGUGUACAGUGGCAUGAAUUAUUUAAAUGUUUGUCAACCUGUGUGAUAAUAUAAAAGUGACUUUUAAUCUAUCUAGUCUAAUGAAUAAACUGAAUACAUAUUGUUAUGCAUAGUAAAACAUAAACUACAUAACGGGCAAUAGUGAAAUUCUCGUGAGACCUGUGAAAUUACUCUAUUCUUAUUGAAAAAAAAAAAUAGGUUAUACAUUUUAAAUAAAAACUAAUAAGUGUCCUGAUAAAGUGCCAAUUGGAAUAUAGUGAUUGUAAAUAAUGCUAUGUACAUCCUAGGUAAUAGUUUAGCAAAGCUUUGAAGUGUAGAAUUACAUAAAUGUAACAAUCAUACAGAGGCAUAAUAAAAUACUCUGUUCAUAUCAAGUGUGCCUUUAGGGUCAGCUGGGUGUGUCAAAUUAUGAUAAAAAUGUACACACGUAAUAAAGAUUUGUAUGUCUAUCAGGGCCUGGGGCUUUAGUUGCUGGGAGUUCUUUUAUUACUAUGAGUAUUUUUUUCUUCUAUUUGAGAGACUAAUGAUGCAGUUUCUAUUUAAUUAAUUUGGGACAAAUUUCACCUUUUUAAAAAAAAAAUAUAUAUAUAUAUAUAUAUAUAUAUAUAAUUUUCAUUUUCCGUUGGCUGAUGAACCAAAAUCUUUUUCCUAAAUUAUAUAAUUUAUGUUGCAAAUGCAUGGAGAAUAGGUGUGGGGUUAAAGAUUCCCCCACCCCACCAUCUGAAAGAGUUAUACAGGGUAUAUUAGUCUUGGCCUCACACUUUUUAAGGUGUCUUGAUAAAAGUUUAUAUUCCUUAUCACCUUGUGGAUAUAAGGUUUGUUUUGUCUUUCUUAACGAUUAUUUGUGUCUGAUAUAACUGUAUUUCAUUUAACUUAUCUCUUAUUUAAUUUGCCUGCUUUUUGUUUAAGAAUUUUUUAUAAAAUUCUCUCCAACUGAUGUCCUGUUAAUUGAACUACGUUUUUGUUCUCUGUAUUUUUUCAGGGAAGCUGAGAGUGAUGUAAAGUGACCCUGGCCUGCAGCUUUUUGACCUACCCAUAUAUAUUCAGUCUGAAUGUCUGAAGUCUUAUUCAUCUGGAUAUAGUCCACCAUUUUGUCUGUAAUAAACUCUCUUAAAAGGAUUUUUGUGCCAACAGGAUGUAAUUUAGUCUCUGCCUACGUGGGUGUUGUUCCAAUAACACAGGUGCAUCAUGGUCUAUAGUUGUAAUAUCUUUUAUUAUACACACUUUCAUCUUCUGUAAUGUUAUUUUAUCCAACAUCAAAUAAUGUGAACUAGAAUAUUUUUUUUUUUUUUUUGUGGGCUUGUGAAUUAAUUGUAAAAUUAUUUGUAUUAGUGUAGAUUGAUCGCCAUCACCCAAUAGCUAAUUUUCCAACAAUUUCCUACUCUGCGUCCUAAGGAAAGUCUUAUAUUUUCCCGAUGCUAUGUUAGUGCUAUCCAUUUCUGGAUCUGAGAUAACAUUAAGAUCUCCACAUACAAUAAGUAAACCUUCAAUAUAAGAUUCUAAUUUAUUUAGAGUGCUUCUGCUAUAUUAGGCAGAAUUAGAUUUGGGAGCAUAUAUAUUGAUUACUGUGUACAUGAUAUUAAUCGUAAGUACCACAAAUAAAUAUCGACCUCUUUUUUUUUUUUUAUAUAUAUAUACAUUUAACAUUAAGUACAAAUAAAUGAUAUAGUUGUUGGAGCAGUCGCAUGAAGCAUUAUUUGAAACUGCCAUACUGAAAAGUUUGGUAUUAUUUUUACUGUAGUGGAAUUAGUUUCUUGUGUUCACAAUACAUCGGCAGCUGCCUUGCGUGCUUCCUCCAGCAACAUCCUCCUCUUAUGUGGACUCAUGGAUGUAUUUACUACAAGGCAAACCAGGCAUUUGCCUAGGGCUGCACUUUCACGGGGGCGCCAAAAAAAUACCACCCCAAGCUCCCAGACAAAUGCCUUGUUUGCCUCAUGUUCUGGGGCUGUCCACCUUACUGUCAGUGUGUGUGUAUGUCAUUUUAUGUUUAUCUGAGAGUGUGUGUGUGUGGGGGGGGGAUUUAGUCGUGCCUAGGGCAGCACAAAUCCAAAAUACACCACUGAUGUGGAGUAUUAAAGCACUUUGCAUUAAUUGUCAUUAUUUUUAGGGUCAUUUCCUAUUCCUUUCUUUCUGUUUUUGUCCCAUUCCCUUCCUCCUCCAUUAUCUCCUUCCUUUUCUCCUGGUCUGUAUCCAUAAUGAUUCUCCUCUUCCCUACUUCCUUAGCCUCAUCCCUGUUGAUUUCCACUCUUAGAAUUCACCUGCUCUUCAUCACAAUCCUCUUUUCCAUAUUUUAAGAACAAAAUUUUUAAAAAGUACAAAAAAUAGGUAUUCCUUUGUGGAAACCCAUGUAUUUGUAAAAAAUAAAAUAAAUUAAAAAGUAACAAAAAGUUCCACACAAAGUUGUGGAUUCUGCAGAGGUUUGUCCUUAAAGGGAAACUCCAGUGCCAGGAAAACAAUCAGUUUUCCUGGCACUGCAGGUUCCCUCUCCCUCCCACCCCCCAAUCCCUGGUUGCCAAAGGGGUGAAAACCCCUUAAGUAACUUAGCAGAGGCACCGAUGAUGUCCCACGUCGCUGGUUCUCCCUCUGCGCCGCUCUUCCUUCUGACUGCGUCGGCCAGUGGGUGAGACUGAUCCCACCUACCAGCCGAGGAGACCUAAUGCGCAUGCGCGGCAAUGCCGCACAUGCGCAUUAGCGCUCCCCAUAGGAAAGUAUUGAAAAUGCAUUUCAAUGCUUUCCUAUGGGGAAAUGAGCGACCCUGGAGGUCCUCACACAGCGUGAGGUCGUCUGGCGACGCUCUAGCACAGGUUUCCUGUGCUAGGAACCAGGAAGUGUCUAAUAGACAGCCACUAGAGGUAGAGUUAACCCUGCAAGGUAAUUAUUGCAGUUUAUAAAAAAAACUGCACUAAUUACACUUGCAGCGUUAAGAGUAGUGGGAGUUGGCACCCAGACCACUCCAAUGGGCAGAAGUGGUCUGAGUGCCUGGAGUGUCCCUUUAAGGAGAAAACUUCAAAAACAGUUAUUGUAAAGGACAUUUACCUCAGAACCAUAUGAGUACAAAACUGCAAGUUUUUUAUUUAACAGUAAUCUAAACUAAAAGGCAAGCUCAGUACCUUCCAUGGAAGAAAGUUAAGAGAAAAGAAAUACAUUCUUCUCUUUUUCAUUUCCUUCCAUAUUGAAUUGGAUUGGUAACUAUAAAGUGUGCAGGUCAUACAGAUUUAUAGUUUUGUAAAAAACAAAUCAUAUAUAUAUAUAUAUAUAUAUUGCCCAAAUCACCCCCCUCAUCAGUGUUCUGUACAAUGGCAUGAGCACUUCUCUCUUUCUACUGCUAAUACCUCUCCCUAUACAACCAAGCAUUCUGCUAGCAUUUCCUGAAAUUCAGUGAGUGCAACUUUAUUGCAGUGUGUACUUUCUGACCUUACUGUAACUAAACCCCCCAUUACUUCUGCUUAAGUCAGAUGUUAUAAAUUAGAUUAUAGUCGAGUGAGUGCAAUGGAUUCUAUGUUAAGGAGGUGGACAUAUCACUGACUUUAAGCAAUAACAGGAAGUAGCCAUCUGAUGAGCAGAGACUAUAGGUUGGGCAGGAGGGAGGAAAAAAAAAGAAGAAAAAAAAAGGAAGGAGCCUGCAAAUACAGGCAGUAACUAACAAUUCUGUGAGCCAAUCAGGAUCCUAGGAGAGUUAGCAGUGCACAUACCUGUUACUCUAUGUUGUCCACACAGUUUUAUGGAAGGCCUACCAAAAGUCCUGAUUUCUGGGUCCUGCCCUGCUAUCCAUAUUAGAUCCCCGAUAUCCCACAUCUUGGCACACCAUGAAACUGUCCUCCGACAGCACAGAGUGAGCACAUCUUUAGACAUGCAUGCACUGUGUACAAUAGUACCCUGCAGAGAGGACUUCAGCAUCAGGAGAGGCUCUUGCAGGUUGGGGGCCAGCUAAACCGAAUAAACACUGAAGUUUCUUGGCGUUCCUAGUUGCCGUUAACUCUUUCUCCAGACAGCCAUCUAACAGAGCUCUGACUGCAAAACAUUAAACAUUACAAACUCUGGUAAAGCACACAGGUGACAAGCCACAGACUGCACAGCGUAGGGUGUACCGGAUAGUUUUAUCUUGGAAUACAGGACAAAACAAGAAUACAUACUGGCAUCACUCCACAGAGCUCAGGUGCUACUGAUUGCGGUGUGCAACACAACUUGAUUGGUAAAACACAGUUAUUUGCACCACAGUCCUUUCUUAGCAGGCAUGACACAUCAUGAUUGGCUUAUCAUACUGAAUAAUGUUAAUAGGAGUCAGAUUAUUCAACCUUCGUACGAAUACACCGCAUCCAUUACCUCACUGAUCUAACAAAUAGCUACCAAAAUAGCUAACUAUGGGGUCAAGGGGGCCCAAGCAAAUGCUUGCCCAGUGUACAAUCAAUAUUAAAUUAAUAUCUUAUGAAGUUACAGUACCAUAUGAGACACAACCAUUUCAACUUUUAAAAAGUUUACUAGUUCAAAUUACCCUAUAAAGUCCUACACUGUCUUAAAGUAGACACCCCAGGUUAUCUAAAAUGCUAUAUUUUAGAUCUUGUGGAGCCCUUCUAUACUAGCUUUAUCAAGUGGAGUUGUAAUAGGUAUUUUGUUUCUGCCUUUUCCACACUCAUUUAUCAUACAUGUAUCUGUUGUACAGGCGUAUGCAGAUUGGCACCCGCCUGAUUUUCUGUCUUCCAUGGCUGCGACCCUUCGACGAUGUUGAUCGUGCAUGAUGGUUUGGUUACCAUGAACACCUCCUUUUUGUCUUUAUGUUUCACUGCCAGACGUUCUGCUUGACAGUAUAUACGGAAUAAACUGUUUGUAUCCCAGUCAUCUCUUGUACUUCAUUGGGGACUCAUGAAUACAGAUAUUGUUUAGGGGGAUAGUAUGACUUGCAAAUUUUGAUUGAAUGGGGAAAUUAGGGGACAAAUUUUAAACAAGUUUUCAUACUGUAUAUGACGUUUCUGCAGAAACUUAGUGUUGUCAUCAUAGUGCCUAAAUUACAGUAUCAUUUCAUAAUGGGCUACUUCAACAAGAUUUGUUUGACCAAUAUAACUGUAUAACUGGCUUCUUUAUUAUAUACAUUAGUAUUGUGAGUACUCAGAAUUGUUUUACUUUAGGUAAAUUGGUGGGGUACCCCAUCACUUUUUUGGCAAUGCGCUAUGCAAGGUUCUGGGUAAUAUUCUGCUUAAAUAUUAGUCUUGGUGACAAUCUCCCCUAAAAUAUCAAGGGUAAAAUCAUAAGAGGGACUCUAAUGAUUGAGUCAUGGGCAGUGCUAGGAGAGUCCGUUAUUUCUGUUGUGGGUCCUGAAUAAUCAUGUAAAUAACUGCAGUCAGCCUCCUCUGCCUUAACCUUUCCAAGCGUUGUUAACAACUUAACCCUUUAAGGACACAUGACAUGUGUGACUUGUCAUGAUUCCCUUUUAUUCCAGAAGUUUGGUCCUUAAGGGGAUAAACAAGAUAAAACAAAGCAAAAAAACAACAACUUUUAAACCCCAACACAAAAUGAAUAAAAGUUAUCCCCUAAGAGUUCCAAAAAUAAAAAUAAAAUAACUUCCGAGGGUAAAACAAUAAAAUAAAUAAAAAGACAUUAUAUAUAUAUAUAUAUAUAUAUAUAUAUAUAUGCAAAAAUAAUGGGGGUUUAGUUACAGUAUAUGACCAUAGAUUGCAUAAGCCUGCCACAACGUCAAUGUACCCCAUCUUUGGCAGGUCCUACUCUAACAGCCUAAUAUCUGCUCUUCUGAGAUUAACCCAUUUACUUGGGGGAAAAUUCCAUCUGGGGCUCUCUGCAGUACAUAGAAUGUGACAGCGGAUAAGAACGAUUCGGCCCAUCUAGUCUGCCUAAUUUUCUAAAUACUUUCAUUAGUCCCAGGCCUACUCUUAUAGCUAGGAUAGCCUUAUGCCUCUCCCACGCAUGCUUAAACUCCUUUACUGUGUUAACCUCUACCACUUCAGCUGGAAGGCUAUUCCAUACAUCCACUACCCUCUCAGUAAAGUAAUACUUUGUGAUAUUAUUUUUGAACCUUUGCCCCUCUAAUUUAAGACGAUGUCCUCUUGUUGUGGUAGUUUUUCUUCCUUUACAUAUAGUCUCCUCCUGUACGGUGUUAAUUCCCUUUAUGUAUUUAAUGUUUCUAUCAUAUUCCCCUUGUCUUGUUUUUUCUCCAAGCUAUACAUGUUAAGAUCCUUUAAUCUUUCUUGUAAGGUUUUUCCUGCAAUCCAUGAACCAGUUUAGUAGCCCUUCUCUAAACUCUCUCUUAUGUACAAGGUUAAAUAGGGCCCUGGAAUGAGACAACUUCAUCUCAUUAAGUUGCCUGGGUGUAGUGUCCCUGUCGCCUUUAGUUCUGCAAUGCAAAACAGUCGUUUUAAAGAAACUGCAAAUUUUACAUUACAGUGCUCAAACGGCUUCUAAUAGCUGUGUACCAGACAGUGACUAGAGGCACUUCCUGCAGUUUCACCAGUUGGACUCUGUGAAACGAUGGUGGACGUCCCCACGGUUUGCACGAGGGCAUCCAAUGUCUUCAAAACCCCAGAGGAAAUCAUUGAGGCAAGGCUUUCCUAUUGGGAAGGCCUAGUGCGCAUGAGGUGCUCAUUGCGCAUGCGGGUUAGGCCCCUCUCAUUGGCUGACACUGGCAGGAGGAGGAGUACGACCCAGCACUCAGGGACAUCAGCGCUGGAAACAGGCAAGUAAAAAAAAAGGGGGGGGACGGGACACUAAUGUUAGGAACACAUCUUUAUAUUCCUAACCCUGAAGUGUUCCUUUAAAGAAGGACUCUAGGGGUGCGGAGCCUAGCAGCCAAGCCGAACCGCCACACAUCAGAGGAGCUCCUCACAAAAACGACUGAAUUAAGCUCAAAAAGCCACAAUAAACCCUAAAAUUGCCUACCCUUCAGCCCACAGGAAAAGGGUUUACCAGAGAGGAAGUGCUUCAGCGAGUCCACGGUGGACAACAAACGACAUACCAGGGAUUG